CGGGCCGCUAGGGCGCCGCCCAGCGCGGGCGCGGCGGGCGGGGCGGGGCGGCGCAGGGUGAGAGCGGCGCGCGCCGAGCGCUGGCCGCACUCCGCGAUCCGCGCCCGCCUCGCUCGCACGCGUCCAGCGCUCCGCUCCGCAGCUCGAUUAACAAACCGAAAGCCGAGAGACUCGCCCCCAGGCUCCUCACCCCGCGCAGCACAGCCAGCAUGAAGAGUGCGGUGUACCUCCUGGCGCUCCUCGCCGCAGCCGGCGCGGCCCCAGCGGCGCAGCCCGAGCCCGCAGCGCAGCCCGAGCCGGCGCCCGCCGAUGACAACCGACCGGAGAUCAUCGAGAUCAUCGCUCCCGCCGCCAGCGCACAGGAGACGCUGGCGACGCUGAACCUGGGCGCGCCGGGCUCCGAGCUGAGCGAGCGCAACAAGCGCACCAUCGGCAUCCUGCGCCAGCUGUUCCCCACGCUCACGCAGAUAAUCGAACAGAAGGUACAGGAGAUCACCAGCCAGGUGCUCAAGGUGUUCGGGCCCGUGUUCCUGCGCGCCUUCCUAGGGAACAACAACAACGGCGGCGGCCGCAGCAACAGCGGCACCGUCGAGCUCGACGACGACGACGACGACGACGACGACGAAGAGCCGGCGUCGUCGAGCACGACGUCGGAGGCGCCGGCGCGGCGCAAGCGAGCGCUGUUCUACUUGCCGGCCGGCGCCGCGGACGAGAACCAGCUGCUGUCGGGCGCCGAGUCGCAGCAGGCCGAGGUCCGCGUGGCGUUCGGGGACUCCCCCGCCGCCGCCGCCGCCGCCGACGACCAGGAGACGGCCGCGCAGACCAACAACGCCGCCAUCGACGAGAUCUCGCUAGAUGACGCGGACGACAGCGAAGAAAACAGAAACAAGAGAUUCCUAGGCGGCAGCACGUCGUCCUCCGGCGGCGGCUCCGGGAACUUCCUGUUCGACGUGGUCAGACGGCCGGCCGAGAUGGUAGCGCGCGCCGCCGGCAACGCCUUCCGCCUUUUCGCGGGCACCGACUCGCUGUCAGUGGGACUGCGCGCCGCGCACUCCGCCACGCUGGACCCCGCCGCGCUGCCUCAACUGGUAGCGGGCUCAUCGUCGGGCUCUUCGUCCGGCGACGCAGGCGCGGCUGAGGGCGAGGAAGCAGCAAAGGGCGACAACCUCACGGAAGGCGUCCCCGGCCCCAUCACGCGUCUCUUCAUCAUCGCCAACAGAGGCAUCGCCAACCUCAUCCAGGACCUCAUCCUCCGCAUCGCGCAGACCUCCGAGCGGAUAGUCAACUUCAAGGCGCGACUCAUCACCUCUAUCAUCUAGAGAGAGUGCGCUUAGAAUAAUAUCGAGAGGCUUCGGUCGGCGCGCGCUCGGACCGCGACCCGGAUCGGAGUGUGUGAAGCUCGCUUUAUACUUCGUUUUAUUUAAAAAAAAAUUGACUGACGACAGAACACUGGUCGGAUUUAUGGUCCUUUGUGGGUACUUUUCUCUUUUUCUAUAUAUUAAUGAAGAAUUGUAAAGCUUUAGUAAUAAAAUUGCUGAACAGAAUCGGAGUUUUGAGUUAAAACAAUUAUAAAAUAUUUUUAAAUUUGUAAUCCAAAAGUAAACAAUUAAACUAAACAGAGUAGUGUUAGAUGACCCACAAUGUUCAAGUCAGUUGUGAGCGAGUGUCACCGCCCGACCUCCGUCCCGGUCCGACCGCCGCCGCCGUGCGUGUACGCGGCCAACACUCCCGCUACUUGACUGAACACGAAAACAUAACACCUUUUGUCUCGGGAGCUUUCCUUCGAUACGACCGUAUCGACUGAAAGAUAAUCACGUCGGCUCGCCGCAUACUAUGUUAUAGAUCGGACACACGUGAGACAUAGGUGUCACCACAACAUCGGCCGGGGCCCGGUUCUCUCACAUUGAAAUUGUACUUUCACGACAAACUCAGUUUGGUGCGUCAAAUUUGACGCCUUUUUGACCAGUUUGACGUCACAAAUUGCAGUCAUGACUCGAUCGAAAUGACUGUGCACGUGAAUAUGACAUCCUCCUGUACGCAGUCAAUUCGAAGACCAAUUUCAACAUAAUAAAGGGCUCCACCAUAUUCUUUAACUUAACUUGUAGGUAAAUGUUAUUGACGAUUGCAUAAACAGCGACAAGUAUGUCUCAUGUCAAAAUUACAUAAAAAUAUUUAUUUAUUACACUGAAAUAUUGUAUACACUCAAGCUAUUUAUUUUUUAUACUUUUACACUUUAUCUAACAAAAGAUUUUGAAUUUUAUACUGUUUAAAUUUUUAGAUAUUGUUUACAUAACUGCUUUGUACUUGUUAAUAUAACGGAAUGCCUCUGCCCCUCGGGGUCCAGUCACGAGAGAACCGAUGCGACGACGAUUAGUAUAGUGGAGGUAGAGGGUAGGUUAUUAAUUGUUAACUGGUAAUGAAUUAAUCGCGUCGUCAGCACGGGGGGAGCAAAGCAAACUGACCUGUAUUUAUUUAUGAGGCUGAGCUCCCUUCCGUGCGGCGAUUGGUUUGUGUAACAAUAACUAUUGUAACUAAAGCGAACUAGACGCACAACUUCUCUUUGUCCAGUCGAUGAUGAACAAAGUAAUACUAUCUAAUAAUAGCUUAUUUUAAGACGUAGCAAAUAUUUUUUCCUUGAACUUUUAUAAACUUUUUUUGUGAAUUGGACAAAUCGGAGUGUGUAUGUCGCGCUUAAACAGUCGCCGCAGUCGGUUCUCCGGCGUCGUGCUAGUGAUGUGCCCGCGGGCCGCUAGCGAGGCGCCGCUAGUGAUGUGCGCUGUGAUUUAGUGUGAACUCAAGUCGGAGUGCGCCGCGGGCCGCGUCUCGACAACUAGUGUCGGAGUGUACUGUGUAGUGAUAUGAGACGGCAGCGCCGCCUUGCUCAAGCUUUUUUACAAUGUGACAAUCUCAAUUCGUUUUUACGUUUGUAAAUAUGUAUUAUAGCGGAAUUUAUGUAAAAUAAAUGAUUAGUAAAUAGUUAAUAUUGUUUCGUUUGUAAAAUAAAAAAAAAACUGUUAAUAAAUAAAAACAUUACCUUGUUA